CUAACAAACUUGAGUAACGUCCGUCAGCUAAGUAGUUAAUAUAGAGACAGAGACAAAGAGCAUUUCCAGGUGAUUGAUCACAUCACAGAGCUUAAUCUAAUCAUACAUUCUACUAAAACUGAAAAAAAAAAUGGCUCCAAUUGCUGUCGGUGACACGAUUCCUGACGGAAAGUUGCAUCGUCACGACGAAUAUGAUCAGCUUGAAGAGGUUUCCAUGCACUCUCUAGCUGCUGGUAAGAAGAUUGUCAUGUUUGGCAUUCCUGGUGCCUUCACUCCUACUUGCAGUGUGAAGCACGUGCCUGGAUUUAUCGAGAAAGCUGAGGAGUUUAAGGCUAAGGGUGUUAGUGAGAUCUUGCUGAUCAGUGUUAAUGAUCCAUUUGUGAUCAAGGCAUUUGCAAAGACUUACCCAGACACCAAGUUUGUCAAGUUCCUAGCUGAUGGAUCUGCCAAAUACAUUCAUGCUCUUGGCCUCGAGCUUGAUCUUUCUGAGAAAGGGAUGGGCAUUCGUUCUCGCAGGUUUGCUGCAGUUGUUGAUGAUCUCAAGGUGAAGACUAUUAACCUUGAAACCGGGGGAGAAUUCUCAGUUUCUGGCGCAGAGGAUCUCCUCAAGACUCUCUGAGUUCUCAGUCCUUUUCUGCUGAUUUCUUUCUCAGAAUUAGUAUAAUUCGUGUUGUUUUUGCAAAACCUAAUUUCCGAGAGUGCUAGACUUUUUUAAGAAAUUAUAAUGACAUGUGGGUAUUUAGGACUUCAUCAUUUCUUCGGUGCAAGGGGUUAUUCUUGUUUAUUUUUGAAUUUAUGAAGAUGUUGAUAUAUAAGCAGUUUAUUUAUUCCGAUGAAAGGUAAGGAUGAUUUUCAUGUUGAUCAA